AUGUUCUCCUCAGUGAAGCCGUACGAGAACCAGCGCUACGCCUCCCUCAAGAAGGAAUGCCUGAGGAGGAAGCAACUGUUUGAGGACCCACUUUUCCCUGCCAACGAUGACUCACUCUUCUACAAGUCAAGGAUCCAGGGCAUCCAGUGGAAGCGGCCAAAAGAAAUUUGUGAUGACCCACGUCUCUUCGUGGAUGGGAUCAGCUCCCAUGACUUACACCAGGGCCAGGUUGGGAACUGUUGGUUCGUGGCUGCCUGCUCCUCCCUGGCAUCCCGGGAGUCCCUGUGGCAGAAGGUCAUCCCGGACUGGAAGGAGCAAGAGUGGAAUCCCGAGAAACCUGAGAGCUAUGCGGGGAUUUUCCACUUCCAGUUCUGGCGCUUUGGUCAAUGGCUGGAUGUGGUGAUAGAUGACCGCUUGCCCACACUCCAUAAUCAACUCAUCUACUGCCAUUCCAACUCCAAGAAUGAGUUUUGGUGCGCCUUGGUGGAGAAAGCUUAUGCCAAGUUGUCAGGCUGUUAUGAGGCCCUGGAUGGAGGCAACACAGCUGAUGCCCUGGUAGACUUUACUGGUGGAGUCUCUGAACCUAUUGACCUGACCGAAGGGGACUACAUCACCGAUGAAGCCAAGAGGAACCUCCUCUUCGAGCGCGUGUUGAAGGUGCACAACCGGGGAGGCCUCAUCAGCUGCUCCAUCAAAGCUACGUCAGCAGCAGACAUGGAGGCCCGCCUGGCCUGUGGGCUCGUGAAGGGCCACGCAUACGCAGUGACAGACGUGCGAAAAGUCCGUCUAGGGCACGGCCUGCUGUCCUUCUUCAAGUCAGAGAAGCUGGACAUGAUCCGCAUGCGCAACCCAUGGGGUGAGCGAGAGUGGAACGGCCCUUGGAGUGACACCUCUGAGGAGUGGCAGAAAGUGAGCAAAAGUGAGAGAGAGAAGAUGGGCAUGACAGUGGAAGACGAUGGAGAGUUCUGGAUGACAUUUGAAGACUUCUGCAAAUACUUCACAGAUAUCAUCAAGUGCCGUCUCAUCAACACAUCCUACCUGAGCAUCCACAAAACAUGGGAGGAGGCAGUGCUACAUGGGGCGUGGACAAGAAGUGAAGACCCCUUGAAGAACCGAUGUGGGGGCUGCAUCAACCACAAGGACACCUUUCUGCAAAACCCCCAAUAUGUGUUUGAUGUGAAGAAGGCAGAAGAUGAAGUACUGAUCUCCAUCCAGCAGAAGCCAAAAAGAACCAGCCGCAAAGARGGCAAAGGAGAGAACUUGGCCAUAGGCUUUGAUAUCCAUAAGGUUGAGCUGAACAGGAACUACCGGAUGCACACCCUGCAGCAGAAAGUGGCCAGCUCCAUUUACAUCAACUCCCGCAGCGUCUUCCUGAGAACAGACCUGAAGGAAGGCCGUUACGUCAUCAUCCCCACUACCUUUGACCCUGGUCAUGUAGGCGAGUUCCUUCUCAGGAUUUUCACAGAUGUGCCUUCAGAUUGCCGAGAACUGACACUGGAUGAGCCGCCACACACCUGCUGGAGUGGUAUGUGUGGCUAUCCACAAAUGGUGUCCCAGAUCCACGUCCUUGCUGCAGCUGGGCUCAAGAACCAGGAUGCCCAAGGAGCAGAUCCUUAUGURAUCAUAAAGUGUGAAGGGGAAAAGGUUCGCUCACCAGUGAAGAAAAACACAGUGGCUCCAGAAUUUGAUGUGAAAGGUCUCUUUUACCGCAAGAAGCCAGGACAACCCAUCRUUGUCCAGGUCUGGAACCAUAACUUAAUAAGUGAUGAGUUCUUGGGCCAAGUGACACUGGCAGCGGAUCCCAGCGACCGACAGUCAGUGCACACACUGCAUCUCCAGGACAAGGGCAACAGGAGAUCAAAUGAUCUUCCCGGAACGAUCGCCGUGAGGCUGCUCAGUAGUAACAUCCUCACCAACGUCUAACUACUCAAGGACUCUUCUUCUGGUGCCACAUAUGUAUAUUUAUACAUAUAUAUA